AUGCAGAACGACUCCGGUGAGUUCGUGGACCUGUACGUGCAGUGGAAAUGCUCCGCGAGCAACUGCAUCGCUGGUGCCAAGGACCACGCGUCCAUCCAGAUGAAUGUGGCUGAGGUUGACAGGGUCACAGGUCGGCUUAAUGGUCAGUUUAAAACCUAUGCUAUCUGCGGGGCUAUUAGCAGAAUGGGUGAGUCAGAUGGCCCUUUCCUCCGAUUGGCUAAAACUGAUGGAACUGUCUCCAUAUGA